UUUCUACCACGUACCUUCACGUAACUGAUCAAACUGAAAAACGCUAUCGUUAUUAAUACCAUCUUCUUCUUCUUCUUCUUCUUCUUCUUCUUCUUCGAUCAAAUUCAUCUUUCGCAACGAAUCAACCCUCCGAUUCUCGAUCUCGUUCCACUUCAGCUUGAUUAGGUUGUUGUGGUGAUUGUAUUGUAUCUUCUGGCUGUGUAGUUUUUUUGUGGAAAUUGGAGAUGAGUCAAAGGGGUUUGAUUUAUAGCUUUGUUGCCAAAGGAACUGUUGUUUUAGCAGAGCAUACUCAGUAUACAGGGAAUUUCAGUACCAUUGCUGUUCAGUGUUUGAACAAGCUUCCUUCAAAUAGCACCAAAUACACGUAUUCAUGUGAUGGUCACACCUUUAACUUCCUCUUAGACAAUGGAUUCGUUUUCCUUGUUGUUGCUGAUGAAUCGAUGGGAAGGACUGUUCCUUUUGUGUUUCUGGAACGGGUGAAGGAUGAUUUUAAAAAGCGUUAUGGCUCUAGUAUCACGAAUGGAAGUGACCAUCCACUUGCUGAUGAUGAUGACGAUGAUUUGUUUGAAGAUAGGUUUAGCAUUGCGUAUAAUCUUGACAGAGAAUUUGGGCCAAGUCUUAAAGGGCAUAUGCAGUAUUGUUUGACACAUCCCGAAGAAAUGAGUAAACUGUCAAAAUUGAAGGCUCAAAUAACUGAGGUCAAGGGAGUAAUGAUGGAUAACAUUGAGAAGGUUUUGGAUCGUGGAGAGAAGAUUGAACUUCUGGUGGAUAAAACUGAAAACUUGCAGUUCCAGGCUGACAGCUUCCAGAGGCAGGGCAGGCAGUUGAGAAGGAAGAUGUGGCUACAGAAUCUCCAAAUGAAGCUGAUGGUUGGAGGAGGAAUCUUUAUCUUAGUUAUAAUAUUAUGGGUUAUUGCUUGUGGGGGUUUCAAAUGUUGAUUGGGUUAUAAGAAAUUGAAUUCUGUACUUGGCACAUAAGGGAUGUAGAGAAAGAUAUAUUCCACCUGUACAUUGAAUUUGAUGCAUGAAAUUUAUGGUUCUUAUUGACUGUAAUUAAGAUUGUUUAUGGUUCUAAAACUAAGGUCACAAUCUAGCCACAACAUUUUCCCAGAUUA